AUGGAGAACCAAGGAGAAGUUCAAGAGAGGAUGAAAGCCGAUAUUCAACAAUUGAAGGGACAAAUGAGCCAAAUUCUAGAAGCCCUGAGUGCCUUACAAAGCCCUGAAGGUUCACGCGCACCACGACCGCAACAGAGGGCAUCGGAGGUACAAACUUUCCCUCCUUAUGGUCUUCCUCCGAAUUACAUUACACCCUCAGGAAAGGACUCGGGGCAUGCUGACACCCAAGAGGUCAAAGAUAACGCAGUUGAAGUAGAAGACAAGCUUGGGGUAGACACUGCCAUAAUUCAUGGGGAGACAAUCCAGGCAGGGAUGGCGAACAUGAUAAUGACAGAAUCACCCGAGAUGAAAUUUUCACCUUAUGCUGUUACUCCAACAGAUUUUGAAAAAUUGGAAAUGCUUGAGAAGAAGUUGAGAGCCAUAGAGGGCAAAGAUGUGUUUGAAUUUGGAGAUGCUAGAAGACUAUGCUUAGUUCCUGAUGUGGUGAUACCUCCAAAGUUCAGGUUGCCAGAGUUUGAGAAAUAUCGGGGAAACACCUGCCCAAGGAGCCAUAUAACCAUGUACUGCAGGAAAAUGACAGCCUAUGCUCAUGAUGAAAAACUUUUGAUUCAUUUCUUCCAGGAAAGUUUAACUGGUGUGGCUCUAAAUUGGUACAUGCGUUUAGACACAACCCACAUCCACUCAUGGAAGGAUUUGGUGGAUGCAUUUCUAAGGCAAUAUGAAUAUAAUAAGGAUCUAACACCUGACAGAGUACAAUUGCAGAGCAUGGUGAAGAAAGAAUUUGAAUCGUUCAGAGAAUAUGCCCAAAGAUGGAGAGAAAUCGAUGCUCAAGUAGAACUUCCUCUGAGUGACAAAGAGAUGACUACCAUAUUUCUGAAUACUCUACAACCACCAUUUUAUGAGCACAUGAUAAGCAGUGUCUCCUCGAAUUUUGCUGAUAUAGUGAUAAUUGGAGAAAGGGUCGAGAGUGGCAUAAGAAGUGGAAAAAUUGCACAAGAUCCAAAUAUGGUAGCUUUUCUGAAUGAGUAUGGUCCUCGGCAUGAGAAGAGUAAAGAACGAAUAGAUAAUUUGCAUUUCACUGCCUAUUCCCAGAUGGCGCAUUCCUAUGGUUCCAACCGAACCAUUAAGCAGAGAAAUCAUAACCGGAAUGAGAAGGUCGUUAAUUUCACUCCUAUCCCCAUGACCUAUACAAAGCUGCUACCAGAUCUGCUGCGCAACAACCUCAUAAAAGUUUGUCCUACCAGGUCGGUACGACCUCCUUACCCAAAGAACUAUGACAUAAAUGCCAGGUGUGAUUAUCAUGAAGGAGCGCGUGGGCAUUCAACAGAGACAUGCAAGGCUCUAAAGCAUAAAGAAAAGGGCGCGAUAGGCGGCGGCGUAGGCGACGCCGGCGAUGCCCCUGAUCGACCAAUUGGAGAUGUAGCGGCGCCAGUCAGAGCUGCUGCGCGGAGAAGAGACUGGGAGGAGAUGCUUCGGAUGGCGGUUCGCGGCGACAGACACGGUGGUGGCUGGUUCGACGCAGCGCGAGGAGAAGGGUUGGCUUCGCGUGUUAGGAGGGGAAACUGUGUUGCAGUGGCUGCCGGAGCGACGGUCGGUUGGAGGAGACGCCCUUUUGCUCUCGGGAGAGGAGGCUGA